AAUUUCUCAAGCGGAGAUAGUGGAAGCUCGUAGCGGAAUAGAAUCGCAAGUUAACUUGUAAAAUAUUUAUGAAAGUGAAGAAAUAUAAAACAAAUUUAAAACCUCCUAUAUUUACGUGCUGCAAUCUUGUUCGUUUCCUUUUUAACUAUUGCUUCUAUUUUUUAGGUUACACUUCUUUCGCUUCGCUAUAUGCGCGAGAAGCUCGCAGUCUAGUACGUCAAAAGUCUGUGGUUUAGAAUGUUUAGAUGCGGAAAUAUACUGCAAAGUUUCAUAUUAUAGAAUCUGACAGAACAUCUGACAGUUCUGACAAAGUUAAGCAAAGUUUGAUUAAUUAAACGACAUCAAAACAAUUUGGCAAAGCCAAAUACUACAAAGUUAUCGCUUUGUGAAAGGAAUUAAUAAAUUAAUAUAAGAGAACCCUGACAAGAAAUAAUUACGGAGUAAAGAUUAUUGGUGCGAAAUACUUUGAAAUCAAUUGGUGACACUAAAUAAUUUGUUACUCCAGAAGAACCGAUAAUCUAUCAGGAGACACUUAAAACAGUAUGAACAUUUGAAAAACAGAAUUUAAUCUAUUCAGCAUCCAGAAUCAUCCAUUAUCAUACACAACGUGACGCUUGUUGUAAUUAUUAUGGAUCCAUCAAAGGAAGAGGCACAAGGUGAGCCAGCACUGAUGGAAAACCUAUCAGUGGAGCAGAAUUCGAGAUGUGAAUCACCGAAACGCGGCACUACGCUCUCCACCAGCACCAGCAGUUUCGAGGCACUGGAUCCGCACGAUCCGAAUCUGAGUCGUCUAGCGAACACGAUGUUCCAGAAGACUGGUGAAUAUUUACAGGAGGAGCUGACUGCUACCCACGCGGAUUACCGUUUACUGGAACGUUUGAACAAGGAAACCAUUGCCAAGUACACGGAGCUGAAAAUUAUCUCAUCAAACGUGGUACAAUCGUUGGACUCACUGAAUGACAAAUAUCAAAAGCUCCAGCCGAUUUUGGACAAUAUUAACCAGAUUGAUGACAGUGUCAGCAAAUUAGAGCAAGCUGCGUAUAAACUCGCAGCAUAUUCCAAACGACUGGAGGCUAAAUUCAAAGAUCUGGAGAAAGAUAUAAAAAGCAAGUGAAUAUACAAUUAUAAAGAUAUAAAUAUUUGUAUGUACAUAACAUUAUACGUGUAGAAAAUACAUAGGCAGAGAUGAAGCGUAUCUUGUACAGAGCAUUUGUUAGUUUGUUGAAUCUUUAAGUAUAUCUAGCAAAUGUCUUGUAAAAUUUUAGUAUCACAAGUCUUCUUCCGCAUAUCAUGUAUAUUAUCUGAAUUCACAAUUGUUACGUUGAUUAACUUUUAAGAUACUUUAAUCUUCAUAUCUUAAUAUAUUUCAAACUGCAUUUCUAUAAUGCUCUAAAAUACGGCAAUCAGUAAGAAUAAAUAUAUUUGUAUAUAAUUAAAUAGAUAUAAUAUCAUGUUUAUAUGCUUUAUAAUAUUAAAGUGACGAGAUGUAUCAUAUUUAUCUUUCAGCGAAUAAAGAUAAUUAAAUAA